AUGGAUGAAACCGUGGAGGAUCUGUCAACAGACAGAGACGCCAAGCAAGCAUUCGAUGCUGAGACGAGAGAAAAAUCAAGAGCUGUUGACGAGAAGCGAGAAGCCAUUGAAAGGGCAUGCCAGCAAAAGGACGUUAAAGCCUUGGUGGGCUAUGCAACCUCUCCCGGGGGUUUGCUUGAUGAUACACUACGACAAGCCGCAUGGCCUCUUCUGCUAGGAGAAGAUCAGUCAAAGGAGGUCUCGCAAAUAGACUGGACUGAUCUCCCCCGACAUGGAGAUGAAGACCAAGUCAAGUUGGAUGUCAACCGAUCUUUUGUGUAUUAUCCACAGGGCGAGGAAGAAGAUCUUGCAAAACGCAAGCAACAAUUAUCAAAUCUCAUCACCGAGACUCUCCGACGUCAUCCGAUGCUUUGUUAUUUCCAAGGGUAUCACGACAUUGCACAAGUGCUUCUGCUAGUACUCGGUCCUCAUACAGCCCGUAAUACCUUUGCGCGAGUUUCUCUGUUACGGAUACGAGAUUACAUGCUCCCGUCAUUAACGCCUGCUCUUAAGCACCUCAACCUUAUUCCGGUCAUAUUGGAAAGCGUCGACGUGAGGGUUCGCAGACACUUAUCUGGGACCCAGCCUUUCUUUGCACUCGCAGCUGCUCUCACAUUAUAUGCCCACGAUAUUGAAGAAUAUGACGACAUUGUACGAUUAUAUGAUUUCUUACUUUCUCACGAACCCGUCGUUGCAAUUUAUCUGUUUGCGGCCAUUGUUCUGAAACGAAAAAAGGAGCUUUUGGACAUACCUAUUGACGAGCCUGAGAUGAUUCACUUUACCUUGUCUAAGCUUCCUGCGCCUCUUGACUUAGAAGGCUUGAUCGUAUCUACCUUGGACCUCUACGAACAGCACCCUCCCGAAUCUCUGCCAUUCCGGACUUGGCGGCAGAUACCGUACAAUAGCGUUUUGAAGACUUCUCGAACCGUUGGAGAAGCCGUCAGCUUUGACGAGGCAACACAACUAUUUGAAUUGCAAGCAAAGCAAUUACAACGGGAAGAAUCCCGAAAGAAGAUUUACGCAGCGCUCUGGCGCUAUCGGAGACCUGCUGGCUCUCUGGGUCUGGCUCUCCUUGUUGGGUUGGUGUCGAUUUAUAUUCACGUUGAUGCCGAGGUGCGACUCUCUCUUUUGCUGCUUUCGAACACGAGUGCAAUUCAUUAUCGCGGCGACCUGGGCCACACUGAUCUUCAAGAAGACCUUGAAUUUCACCCAUCAAAUUUUGAGAAUGAUGCUCGCACCGCCAAGAUCCAAGCUGAUUCACAACCCUUUCUCGGAGGCAAUGGAGGUGGUGGAGGAGGCUCAUCUCGCGAUGCCGGUGGUCGGUCGGGAGACGGCAAACACCGACUGUGGACUAUCCAGUAUUACAGCCAGUUCUUUGAUGUUGAUACAAACGAAGUGCUCCGACGCUGCGUAGCCGCAGUCUAUCCGCGCUCCAACUUCCUCGACAUUCUGGAUGGGAACCCGGAUCUGUACGGACCGUUCUGGAUUGCAACCACUGUCAUCAUCAUCCUCUUCUUGACCGGAACCAUUUCGCAGUAUCUGUCGCGUGAACAUGACAAGCAUUUCGAAUACGAUUUCAGACUGCUCUCUGGAGCAGCCGGCCUCGUUUACGGAUAUACCGGCGUGAUUCCCAUUGCCUUGUGGGCUGCUCUGCGAUGGUUCGGCAGCUCUACGGCCGACCUCGUCGAAUGCUGGGCGCUGUAUGGAUAUGCCAACCUCAUGUGGAUUGCCGUUGCCUUGGUCAGCUGGAGUCCUCUGACGGCACUGAACUGGGCCCUCGUCGGUGUUGGGUUUGCCUCGACAGUGUUUUUCCUUUUGCGCAACUUGUAUCCCGUGCUCACUGCGACUGAUGCCAAGACCAGCAAGAUGCUGCUUAUUGCGGUUGUUGUUCUGCAUGCUGGUUUGGCUAUUGCCAUCAAAGUCCUGUUUUUCGCGUAUGAUUUUUUUAUUAUCUCCCUCCUUUUAUCCUCUUUUGCUAACACCUUUUCCAGUCACGGUAGCCCCGUUUCGAAAAAGAACCACGAUGACGACGAUGACAAGCAUGAUGACGACGACGACAAGGACGAUGACAAGAGACGCCUGCUUUUCUAAACGUCGCGCAAGUUGAGAGGAAACCGUAGUUUCGUGGAUUAG